UCCCACCGUCACCUCUUCGUCGCGUUUCGCUUUCGGCCUUGCCUCUCCGUUCCUGUCGUCUAUGCCGCUGUGACGAUCCACCCCCUGCGGUCCUUAGAUUCAUGCGAUAUAGGUAGUUUGCCAGUGACCACUGCCACUGCCCGCCUGGCUGGCCUCCUCUUUUCCUAUUUCCAAUGGUGCCUGAUCUGUGUUUUGAAAUCCCGGCCUUUUUGCCAUCCUGUGCCUGUUUGCUCCACUCCUCGGCUGCAUUCCCUCCAUGCAACCGUCCUGUCGCACAUCGCAAUUCGCGACUCACGCCUCACCUACCCACCAUCAUCCAGCGCCGUCUGCCAGCGACAAGAGCCUAUCGCUGAGUGGCGCCUUUCUUGGUCGUAUUCAGGCCCCAUACACCAACCAGGAAUCAGAUCGGUCGAAAAUUCGGGGCAGGGCGUCGCCCGGCGCCUCCGCUCUGGUGUGGCGCAAUUCCUCUCGCAGACCACACACACAGACCACACCUAGUGUAGUCCCCUCAUAA